GCCCGGCGUGCGUGGCAGGAUCUGCCGGCUCGGCUCGCUCGGCCUCCCUUCCCGGGAGGCGGGGUCGGCGCCGCGGCGGCGGCGGAGGCAGGCCCCCUCCUCCUUCCUCCUCGGCCCGGCCUCUUUCCUCGGCCGCCCGCGCUCUCGGCCUCUCCGACGCCAGCAGCGCCCGCGUGCCGCUCGCCCAGCCCCGCGGGAGCUCGAGCAAGUUUCCCGGGCCGCGCGGCCCGCUCGCUCGCCUCCAGCCCGCGGCCUCCGCCGCCGCCGCGCCCGCCAUGCCCUCGGCCAAACAAAGGGGCCCUAAGGGCGGCCACGGCGCCGCGAGCCCCUCGGAGAAGGGCGCCCACCCGUCGGGCGGCGCGGAUGACGUGGCGAAGAAGCCGCCGCCGGCGCCGCAGCAGCCGCCGCCGCCCGCGCCGCACCCGCAGCAGCAUCCGCAGCAGCACCCGCAGAACCAGGCGCACGGCAAGGGCGGCCACCGCGGCGGCGGCGGCGGCGGCGGCGGCGGCGGCGGCGGCAGGUCCUCGGCCACCGCCGCCUCGUCCUCCGCGUCCUGCUCGCGCAGGCUCGGCCGGGCGCUCAACUUUCUCUUCUACCUCGCCCUGGUGGCGGCGGCCGCCUUCUCGGGCUGGUGUGUCCACCACGUCCUGGAGGAGGUCCAGCAGGUCCGGCGCGGCCACCAGGACUUCUCCCGGCAGAGGGAGGAGCUGGGCCAGGGCUUGCAGGGCGUCGAGCAGAAGGUACAAUCCCUGCAAGCCACAUUUGGGACUUUUGAGUCCAUCUUGAGAAGCUCUCAACAUAAACAAGAUCUCACAGAGAAGACUGUGAAGCAAGGAGAGAGUGAGAUCAACCGCAUCAGUGAAGUUCUGCAGAAACUCCAGAAUGAGAUUCUCAAAGACCUCUCGGAUGGGAUCCACGUGGUGAAGGAUGCCCGGGAGCGGGACUUCACGUCCCUGGAGAACACGGUGGAGGAAAGGCUGACGGAGCUCACCAAGUCCAUCAAUGACAACAUUGCCAUCUUCACUGAAGUCCAGAAGAGGAGCCAGAAGGAAAUAAACGAUGUGAAGGCUAAGGUCGCCUCUCUGGAAGAAUCCAAGGGGUACAAGCAGGAUAUGAAAGCCUUGGAGGAAGUUGUGAAGGAACUACAAACUUCUGCCAAGUCCAGAGAGAGGGAUAUUGAGGCCCUGAGAAGCACCCUCCAGACCAUGGAGUCCGACGUCUACACAGAGGUCCGGGAGCUGGUGAACCUCAAGCAGGAGCAGCAGGCAUUCAAGGAGGCGGCCGACACAGAGCGUCUUGCCCUGCAGGCCCUCACAGAGAAGCUUCUCCAGGCCGAGGAGUCCACCUCCCGCCUACCCGGGGAGAUCAGUAGACUUGAGGACGAGCUACGCCAGCUGAAGGCUGAUUUGCACAGGCCAGAGGAGGACGGAGUCUUCAAACACUCCACCGCCUUGGAAGCACUCCAGGAAAAGAGUCAGGGAUUGGAUUCCAGACUCCAAAAUGUAGAGGAUGGAGUCCAUUUUGUGCAGGAGGCUUCUGCACGCCAGACCGAGAGCUUGGAAUCCCUCCUGUCCAAGAGCCAGGAGUAUGAGCAGCGCCUGGCUGCCUUGCAGGGGCGUUUGGAAGGCCUGGGGUCCCCCUUGGAGGCAGACAAAGAUGGCCUGGCCAGCACGGUGCAGAGCCUGGGGGAGGCCCAGCUGGCGCUCUACAGCGACGUGGAGGAGCUGAAGAGAAGCAUGGGUGAGCUCCCCAGCACCGUGGAGUCGCUCCAGAAGGUGCAGGAGCAGGUGCGCACGCUGCUCAGUCAGGACCAGGCCCAGGCCGCUCAUCUGCCUCCUCAGGGCUUCCUGGACAGACUUUCUUCUCUAGACAACCUGAAAUCCUCAGUAAGCCAAGUGGAAUCGGACUUGAAAAUGCUCAGGACUGCCGUGGACAGUUUGGUUGCAUACUCGGUCAAAAUAGAAACCAAUGAGAACAACCUGGAAUCAGCCAAGGGUUUGCUAGAUGACCUGAGAAAUGAUCUGGAUAGGUUGUUUGUGAAAGUUGAAAAGAUUCAUGAAAAGGUCUAAAUGAAUUGUGUGUGUAGGGCGCAGAUUUAAAGUCCAAUUUCUCAUGACCAAAAAAAUGUAUUGUUUUUUCCCAUGUGACCCCCCUAUUUCUAGUCCCCUCUUAAAUAGCAGUUGAUGCCACCUGAACACCAAGGCAUUGUGUUUUUGUGCCCAUUUAAUUUAUUUACAAUUAUUACCACACCGUUGGUUUGUUAAGUCCUCUGCUUCUGCUUUUUUGGUUUCCUGAAGGCCCAGCCCUUUUGAAUAAGAGAUGGCUUUUAGAAGAGAUGUCUGUAGUGUCAGAGAAAAAUGAUAAUGGCUUCAACUGAGGAUUAACAGAAGCAGAUUAACCUCAAAAACCCCUGCCUGGCUGGCAGAUUUCAAGUAAAGUGGAGGGAGGGGCACUUUUCUUUCUCGUUGUCAUUAAGGAAAAUUAAUUUUACUUCUUUUUUAUACUUCUGGCCGAAGUCUUCAUGAGAUAUCUCUCACUUGUCUUCCACUUUAAACUGGUUACACCUCGCAGAUGCCAGCUCUGAAUCAGGAGGGAGAAAAGCCCCUCAGUCUUUGUUUUAAAAGGAUCAGCUACUUGACUGUCUCUGGUGGUCUGCUGUGGUGUGAGUGUCUUUUCCAUUCCAGAAUCAUCUAGUGUGAUAUCAAAGGUAACUAUGCAAAGAAUCCAGAUGGUUCUGAAUGUGAAAGCACAACACCCAACAGAGUCCCCUAGUGCCCUCCAUUCCCCAGUGGCUGCAGGCCUGUCACCAAAUAAUGAGUAGGUUUAGAAUCCCAGAAAGGGGAGUCACUGGGUCUCCAAGAAAUGUGUGGUGCGAGCUGUCCACAGAGGAAUGGGGUGUCUCCCUGGGAAUGCAGGCCAAUUCCUUCUGUUUGAACACAAUGGCCAUGAAGGGGCUUGCUGUCAGAGCUGACCCCAUCUGUCAGUGAGGGGCGUGUGCACUGCAUUUCUGUCAUUGUUUGCUGUGUCCCUUUCCCUUUGAGCUGUAUUGUUCUUUAAUGGCUGUCUUGCCCUUCAAAAAAUAAAAAAAUUAAAAAUAAAUAAAAAUUUUAAAAAACCCAAAAAGUAAAAGAAAAAAGAGGUUUGUUUAGUUUACUGUGAAAUGAACUGUAUGGCUUAUUUACAGUAUUUUUAAUUCUUAAUAAACAUCUGAGCUUUGUUAUGAA